CCGCAGACAGGUUAAAUGUUUUCCAGGUUGUUUUUCCACAGACGAACCUGACAGAGUCCAACCCAGCUCUAAACCUUCCUCCAUGAUGAUGAUAGAGGGGACAUUAUUCGUAGCUCUGCUGGUUCUUGCGACCUCAGUUCACUCCGACUCACAGUUUUAUCUGCCCAUCGACUGUGAUGACAUUCAGCGCCAUGACAACACCAGCUCCAGCGGGGUGUACAUCAUCUACCCAGGAGGUCCCACCACGCCUCUGCAUGUCUACUGUGACAUGGACACUGACGGGGGCAGAUGGACUGUAUUUCAGAGAAGGAUGGAUGGGACUGAAAACUUCUACAGGCCCUGGAGGCACUAUAAGACUGGAUUUGGGAAUGUGGCAGGAGAAUAUUGGCUUGGCCUGGAAAACAUCUUCCUGCUAACUAUGAGGAAGAAUAAUGAGCUGCGGGUCGACAUGGAGGACUGGGAGGGAGAGAAGGCGUCAGCUCAAUACUCCUCCUUCUCAAUCAAUUCUGAGAACGCCGGUUAUCAGCUUCACAUAGGCAGCUUCACUGGUGGAGCGGCAGGGGACAGUUUGACAGGCCAGAACAACAUGAAGUUCACCACGUUUGACAAAGAUCAGGACCAGUCGGAUAAAAACUGUGCUCAGCAUUUUCUAGGUGGAUUCUGGUACAGCGCCUGCCACACUGCUAAUCCCACCGGAAUGUACGCACCUCAUGGUGCUAUCGGAUUUGAAAACGUCCACGUCAUUUGGCAAACGUGGAAGGGCUGGAACUACUCCCUGAAGACUGUUGCCAUGAAGAUCAGAUCAGUCUCUACAUGUACAUGCACACAUUAAUUACGAUAUUGCCUGUAAAUUAUUAGGACAGAUUAUGGUGAUACAUCACCCUCAAUCCGGUGAGAGUUUUGAUAUGGGGAAGCAUCAUCAACUGUGUCGUUCCUACUUAAUUCAAUACCAACAAUAUGUGUAAAACUAUCAAUACGAAA